AUUUAGUUAAUCGAUUUUGUCUCUCAUAAUUAUAUCCUUCUGGUCCAAUCCUCACAGCUGCAGCUUGUGCAGUAAGGACAUCACUGGUGGCUCGUACUGCCAGACAUUCGGCAAGAUGGCCAACAAUCAGCAGUGCCGCAUGUGUGCAGUUUGUAACACGCGGCCAGCGGCAACGGACGCCAUGUUGUUGCAGCCCAACGCCGUGAUGAAAUGCUUCUGGUGUGCCAGUGGUACUACAACAACACCAGCCACUGAUGGAGAUUCCGGUGUGGUGCCUCAUUCAACAAUGCCUGCUACAACAGAAGAUUUACAAAGCAUGCUCAUGUCUCCCCCAUUGGAGUUAAGUCCGACAUCGCACCAACACUCCUCAACGCAUGUGUCAUCAUCUCUGCCUCAACACCAGACGCCACAGUUGGGUAUGAGCAUUGCAGAUCUGUGGUCUGGUCACACAAACGACGCGGAAUUCGAAUUAUCACCAGAAGCAGCUUCACCAAAGGGCCAAACAACCAGCGAAGGACACAUACGCACCGUGAGUGACAGCGCCCCCCCUGGACUUCAAAAUUCGGAGAGAUCUCGGUCAGAUGAAGCAAACAAAGAACGAGGUCCUCGCAUACACAUCAAACCAGAACAGCUUUCCGUACUCAUGAACACGUUGCAACGCAAUCCCAAGCCCCCCAAACAUGUUCAGGAACGGGUUGCCAAGGAAACUGGCUUGACGAAGAGAGUGGUGCAAGUAUGGUUUCAGAAUAAAAGAUCUAAGGAGAAGAGAAUUCGCAUGAUGCAACGACCUCAGUUCUCUGAUCUAGCCUUGUCAACCUAAUGUCUGGCAACAUCCAUCCCAGCGUAUAUUUCAAUCGGGCACCUGUUCCACCAUAUAUGUACGAUCAGUACCACCUAGGUCAACCCAUGACUGCACCCGUGGAUGUGAAGAACGACUUUCAAACAUCUGAAUGUCCUCAGCAACAUGCCCAGCCAGCACAGCUCGAACAGCCAACAUUCAAUGGCCAUAGUGGAUUCGUGGACAACACUGCAACCCUAGCUGAUGGUCGGCGCACAACCGGCACGGACACGCGAACGAAACUGUUGCACCCGGCUGCAACACUACGAACGGCUCGACCACACUAUGCAAACAGAUCAUCGCAAAAAGUUUAAGUGACAAAGCUGCUCACAGACUAGAUUCAUCAAAACGAAACUGUUGCACCCGGCUGCAACACCACGAACGGCUCGACCACACUAUGCAAACAGAUCAUCGCAAAUAAGUUUAAGUGACAAAGCUGCUCAUAGACUACAUUCAUCAUACAAUCUGCCAUUGAGUGCCAGUUCACUAUAGUCAACUUACGCCACACAUCAUGCACAUGCCAUUUUUCUGAUCAAGUCCUGAACAAGUUUUUAAAUGUGAACAAGUUUUUUCAAUAUAAUAUAUCCUAUCUACUUGAACAUGUAGCUAGUACACUCGAAAUCAUGUCACGAAGUUCAAAAGAAGCUUUCGAACAUGUGAGGAAUGAACUAUCAAUAUAAUAUUCUUAUAAUUUAUCCAUACAAGAAAUAGUUUGAAGAUCUUGAUUGACAAUAAUAAUUGUUACAGUGCGCAUGUCAGUCAUGGAAGGAUCCAUGGGCUUAACAAUUGACAAUGGCACAGUGAAUAUUUGUCAUUUUUAAAAACCCCAGAAAGUAUUCUAACAGUGUGGUGAUUUUGCAUUCCCAAACCAUACUCACAAGAUUCCUAUAUUGUACUGUAGAUGUACAUGUAGAUUGUAAGAGGUGUGAUCAACGCUGCAGGAUCACACUGAGUAGCCAUAU